CGCCGAUGGUUGAAUCCCGCGCGAUAAACUGAAUCGGAAAAUGAUUUUGGGUCGAUUGUCGGCGAAGUUCCCACGAAAUCAAGAAAUAGUACCGGUACGAGUAUCCAUCAAGUCGACACACACAAGACAUCACGAUGAUAAAAAAUCUUUCUUUCGAUGAACUCACAAUAUCAAACCUUCAAUAUUUACACAAGAUACUAUCAAUAAAUUCAAAACAACGACAUCCAAAAUGGUUAUUAGUCCAUCUAUUGUAAGCUAUGGUGCCGCAGACGGCAUUGGCACCAUGAUGACAGAGGGCGUUAGGACUCUCGCCUCACAGCCCGCACCUUGGCUCCUCCAAUCUCAUCUGGAGACCAUCAUGUUGGGUUCCGUCAUUCUCGAUGCCAUGGCUGGAGGUAUCAUCUUCAUCUUUUCCAACACAAUCAUGAAGACCUUUGCGGAAUUUGAUGACGAAAUUGGGAUCAAUGUCAUGGUUCUACUCAACAAAAUCAUUAUCAAUCCCCUCUUUGCGUUUGUCUUCUUCGGAGGACUCAUCUCGGCAUACCCUGCGAUUGUCAUGAUGACGAGACCUGACGAGUUCUCGAAGCCUGCUCGCUACUAUGCAUUGGCCUCCACUUUGGUAUUCUUUUUCGGAGAAUUUCUGGUCACUGUGACGCAAAAUGUUCCUCGCAACGAUGCUUUGAUGGCCGCAGAUCCUACAUCGGACGAGGGAGUGGAGUAUUGGCGAAAGGAUUUUCUCGGAGAUUGGGUGGCCUGGAAUACCGCUCGAUGCAUCGCUUCCGUCGUUGCGUCCAUCCUCGGAGGCCUUUCCCUCAUGGCUAUGAGAAGCUAACAAUUCUCAGUACCGCCUCUCUUGUUGCGAGAAUCAAUUUUGUGCGAUCGUGCGCACUGUUGUUGUCACGAUGCGACAAAAUUGAAACCACCCAUCAUCAUUUCUUCUCGUCGGCAAAUCCUGGAAGCAACACGACACACGACGAAACACCAUCUAAACGAUGGACAGGUUGUCCAUAAACAAGUGAAUAUUUUGCGCGCAUAUUUCUGCCGAAUAAAACUUGUAAAUGUAU